UUUCAGGCUACGCCUCCUCGCUCCUUCUAUCAGGCCCCGCCUCCUCGCCGCAGGUUUAGUCCCUCCCUCCUGUGACUAAUUUCCCUGCGGCUGAUUUCGGUGUCUGUGUCAGAUUCCAGGCCUCAUGUCCCUAAAGCGUCACGCCUCUGUGGUCUUCGUGGGCAUCGAUUCGCUGGACGACAUCAAGAACAACAGCUGUAUGGAGCUUUUCGUGUCCGGGGGCUGCAUCGUUUCAGACGAGCUGGUGCUCAAUCCGGACGUCAUCACCUGCGAUCGACUGGUCGCCCUGCUGAGGCUCCUGGAGGAGCACAGCUCUCCAGAGAGUCUGUGGAGGUGGAAAAUUCACUGCAAAACCCAAAAAAAGUUAAAAGAACAGGCCAGGUUCCGGAGGGACGCAGCCAACCUGCUGGAUCUGCUGUUAACCUAUCAGAAGCGUCAGAUCAUCGAGUUCCUGCCGUAUCACCACUGCGACAUGACAAACCACCAGUCGCCCGACUUGGACUGCCUCGUCGAGCUCCAGGCCCGGUACACGCAGUUCCGACACACCGUCUACCUCACCGAGCACCCCUUUGAUAAGUUCCCAGCCUUCUCCAACGGGGGCAUCAUCGUGGCCGGCAUGGAGGAGAUCCAGCAGAGCUUCAGCAGACUGGUCGGCUGCCACAGCAUCAAGGACAAGCAGCUGUACGUCGAGGAUCUCCUCUCUCCCAAAG